CACAAGAACAACUUCAGCAGGAGGCUAAGCAGAUGAGGAUGCUUAAGGAGAUAUGGGAUGUAAAAAUUAGUGGUCAAAAGGAAAUGCCUUUAAUAUUACAUGAUAAAAAAGACAAAAAACAUGAAGAUACUAUCAUUCGAUUCCAAAAAUUAAUAGAAAAGCAGUAUAAUAAAUUAAAACAUAAACUUCAUGGUCUUCAAAAUACAAAAAAUGAACUGGCAAAAUUACAACUUUAUGAAGUGCAAAGACUUAUAUCUAUUU